UCGACCCUCUGCACUCUACUGCGUAACAGUCUCUAUUCGCUCAGCAGUAACCUCUCUCCCUUCUCUCUCCCUCUCUGCGUAUCUAUAUAUAGUUACAUUUGUUAUAAGCACAAGUAAGUUGUUAUACUUGCUCACAAAAAGGAUGACAAGUUUUCUCUCUACUGGCCAGAUCAUUCGCUGCAAAGCCGCGGUGGCAUGGGAAGCCGGAAAGCCACUGGUAAUAGAAGAGGUGGAGGUGGCGCCGCCCCAGCAAAUGGAAGUCCGGCUCAAGAUCCUCUUCACUUCUCUCUGCCACACUGAUGUUUACUUCUGGGAAGCCAAGGGACAAAAGCCCCUGUUUCCUCGAAUUUUUGGUCAUGAAGCUGGAGGGAUUGUCGAAAGCGUAGGCCAAGGCGUGACUGAUCUGCAGCCCGGGGAUCAUGUCCUCCCUGUCUUCACGGGUGAGUGCAGGGAGUGUCGCCACUGUAAAUCAGCCGAGAGCAAUAUGUGUGAAUUCCUGAGGAUAAAUACCGAUAGGGGGGUCAUGAUUAACGACAACCAGACAAGGUUCUUGAUUGAUGGAAAGCCAAUCUAUCAUUUCCUUGGCACCUCCACUUUUAGCGAGUUCACUGUUGUCCAUGCCGGCUGUGUUGCCAAGAUCAAUCCGGCAGCCCCGCUCGACAAAGUUUGUAUUCUCAGCUGUGGGAUAUCCACAGGACUUGGUGCAGCAUUAAAUGUAGCCAAACCACCUAAAGGCUCAACAGUUGCUGUUUUUGGAUUGGGAGCUGUUGGCCUUGCCGCUGCCGAAGGUUGUCGUCUCUCAGGGGCUUCCCGAAUCAUUGGAAUCGAUUUGAAUCCAAAUAGAUUCAAUGAUGCCAAGAAGUUUGGGGUUACCAACUUUCUAAAUCCCAAGGAUUGCGACAAGCCUAUUCAGCAGGUGAUUGCAGAGAUGACUGAUGGCGGAGUGGAUCGUAGCAUCGAAUGUACUGGAAACAUCGAGGCGAUGGUCUCGGCUUUCGAAUGUGUUCAUGAUGGUUGGGGCGUUGCUGUGCUUGUUGGAGUGCCCAGCAAAGACGAUGCAUUCAAAACCAAUCCUAUGAACCUGCUGAAUGAGAGAACUAUCAAAGGCACCUUCUUCGGGAACUUCAAACCUCGGACCGACCUUCCUGGCGUUGUCGAAAAGUACAUGAAAAAGGAGCUGGAUCUGGAGAAGUUCAUAACCCAUGAAGUUGGCUUCUCCGAGAUCAACACGGCGUUCGAGUACAUGCUCAACGGCACCAGUCUCCGGUGCAUCAUUCGCAUGGAAGCUUAGAGCAUCCUAGGUACGUAGAAGAAGAAGGAACAGUUUAGCUUGUCCGUAGUGUGGUAAAAUACUACUGUAAAAAGCUUGGGCCCCUAAUAACAACAGUGGAUCACGUCACUGUGAGUGUUUGUAGUAUGUUUUCUGAGUUCACCGGCCGGCCUAGUUCAAAGCAUAUAUGGGAAUCAAGCCAUCUCCUUUAUUACUUGUCAA